UUGUGAAUUUGCAUGUGUUGGUCUAUGUUGUUUAACAGGUGGCAGAAUCAAAACUUGCAAAAUUUGUUGAAGAUAUUAUCGUCCCACCAAGGAUGAUUGACAUAAUUGUUGACGGAGAGGUUAAUGAUGAAUAUAUGAGAACUCUUGAGAUUCUGAGUAAGAAGCUAAAGUUUGUUGAAGUUGAUCUUAUGGUUAAAACUUCGAAAGCUCUAAAAGAUGUUCAGCCUGAGCUAGAAAGACUUCGGCAGAAAGCAGUCGCAAAGGUGUUUGAGUUCAUUGUUCAGAAACUUUAUGCAUUGAGAAAACCCAAAACAAAUAUCCAGAUCCUUCAACAGAGUGUUCUUCUAAAAUACAAGUAAGUUAUCUCUUCGCCAAUACAAUGGUGCUCAUAUCAC